AUGGGUUAGUUGUGAUGCACUUAACACACACUCGAUAUCUAGCUCGCCCGUUCGCCGUGCUCAAGUUGAUUGACCUGAGCGAUACUCUCCACGAUAGGUCAGCUAUUCACGACACGCGUGCGAAUCUUCAUUCAUUUGUCAGUCCCCAAAUUACAGCAGGUCAUGAAGUCAUCAGCUACCACCAAUGUAUCGAAUGAAGGGGAAGUCAAGAUAGCCAAGCUCGGCAAAGACAACUACGAGCUGUGGUCGAUCAGGGUCGAUGCGUUCUCCGAAGGCCGUGACUACACCACUUGCAUGGUUCAUGGCACUGUGUGACCCUCGAGUAUGGAUGUGAAAGCAUAUAGGUUGCUCCAUGGCAUCGCGCUAGCCUUGAGAAGGAAACGUCCUACCCCAACUCAGCAAACGGGACCCACUGGCACGCGCGAGCACCAUCUCGUGCCCCGUGGACGAUUCGAAUCUCAAGAUGGUCAAGAGCAAGACGCUCUCAGCCAAGGCAAUGUGGGAGAAGCUGAAGCAACACCACAGAGGGAACGCCGACCCGUUCAAGAUUCGUACGCUACUCUACAAUAUUUCCAAUGCGACGUAG